AUGUCGGUCAUCCAAGCGACGGUGAGUCCAGAGAUAUCGGAUGUUGGUUGGAGCCCUACUCUAACAAUGUGGCGAAGCUGCGAAGGCGGAUUUCCCUGCCGAACCUGCGUUUCCAAGGGCUCAGAAUGUGUACUUGAAGAGGAUCAGCAAUCCAUCUCGCACCGAGCCACUCAUGAUGACCAGGAUGGCAAUCGAAUGCCAUGGAAAGUCGACCUUCCUUCAGCGACCUCGGCGGUUGUAGCCACUCUUCUUGACAGAUAUUUCUCCAUGAUUGCGCCUCACUGGCCACUUGUCCAGGAAAGAGACCUUAACCAGGAGCCCUACACUUCUCCGCUCUUGUUCCGGUCCGUCUGUCUCGUAUCGGCUCACCUCGCCGGCGCCAGUGGAACUGCGCUGGUCGAGGACAUCUCACAGUCUAUUCACCAGUGCUUCGACGCCUAUGAGCUGCUCUCCCUCCCCACACUGUCAACCCUGCAGUCCAUUCUGCUGCUGCUCGCUUCUCCCCAAUUCUCUCAGCAGUCCAUGAUGACAGCGUCCGCUUGUCGCAUGGCGCUGACGCUGGGGCUCCAUCGACCACACUAUCCCCAACCUAUACUGUACUGGUCUUGCAUCGUCGCUGCACGUUGGGAGUCCCUGAGAUCUAUUGGCACCCGCUCAACGGACCGCGUAUGCUUUGACCUCGAAACCACCCCGCCUCACACCGAGCCGGAUCCAAGGACGAUAUUUGGAGCCUUGUACCAUCUAUUGGCCCACGCAGAUCGAAACAGGGAGCAUCUGAGUGAUCUGCAUGAUAUCUUAAGUUCCCAAGAAAUACACACAGCAAGCACAAUACCGCACGGCCGGGCGGAUGAUACCUCUAUUCUGAUGCCGCAACAACACCCAGAGACUCUACAGGCUCUCACUAGCCCGCUUAUCCGGUAUCUGUCAGAACCUGAUACGAGUAGCAGCAAUAUUUCACUAUUAACACAGGCGGAUGGCUCACCCGCAUUUGAGCUUAAUCCAUUCUACUGCUGUACUCGAAGGCCUGGCGUCUGAGGAAGUAUUGAUUUGUGCCCCCCUACCGGUGGCUGAAGAUUCCUGGAUUCAAG